AUGGCUGGUGGUGGAGGUUUCUCAUCUGCAGCUCCGGCGGCGGCGAAAGGCGGAGGAGAGUUUGAAGCUCGGAUUACUCCCGUCGUCAUCAUUUCCUGCGUAAUGGCAGCCACUGGUGGCCUUAUGUUUGGCUAUGAUGUUGGUGUUUCCGGGGGAGUGACAUCCAUGGACCCGUUUCUAAAGAAAUUCUUCCCAGAAGUUCACAGAAGGAUUAAGCAGCCAGGAACCAACGACAGCAAUUACUGCAAAUACGACAAUCAAGGGCUGCAGCUCUUCACCUCUUCUCUCUACCUGGCUGGCCUCACCGCCACCUUCUUUGCUUCCUACACCACCCGCCGCCUUGGCCGCCGCCUCACCAUGCUCCUCGCCAGAAUCUUCUUCAUUGUAGGAGUGGUGCUCAACACCACUGCUCAAAACCUCCCCAUGUUGAUCAUUGGAAGGAUCUUACUCGGCUGUGGAGUCGGAUUUGCUAAUCAGGCAGUUCCUGUGUUCAUAUCAGAGAUAGCACCGACAAGGAUCCGGGGAGGGCUGAACAUACUUUUCCAGCUCAAUGUCACCAUUGGCAUCCUCUUUGCCAACCUUGUCAAUUAUGGAACCAACAAAAUAGAAGGAGGAUGGGGAUGGAGGGUGUCACUCGGGCUUGCUGGUAUCCCCGCAGUCCUGCUGACCAUUGGAGCCUUCUUGGUGGUGGACACCCCUAACAGCCUCAUCGAGCGCGGUCACUACAACGAGGGCAGAAAGGUGUUGAGCAAGAUACGCGGCACCGACAAGAUCGAACCGGAGUUCAUGGAGCUCGUCGAGGCGAGUAGAGUUGCUAAACAAGUGAAGCACCCCUUCAGAAAUCUUCUCAAACCGAAGAACAGACCUCAACUGGUCAUUGCUGUGGCCCUGCAGAUUUUCCAGCAAUUCACAGGCAUCAAUGCCAUAAUGUUCUAUGCACCAGUGCUCUUCAACACAGUUGGGUUUGAAAAUGAUGCGUCCCUAUACUCCGCGGUGAUCACCGGAGCUGUCAACGUCCUAUCCACCGUUGUCUCAAUCUACUUUGUUGACAAGAUAGGCCGUAGAAUGCUGCUUCUUGAAGCUGGAGUCCAAAUGUUCCUAUCCCAGUUUGUGAUAGCCGUUGUGUUGGGGAUCAAAGUGAAAGACCAUUCCAGUGACCUUAGCAGUGGAAAUGCAGUGUUGGUGGUGGUGAUGGUGUGCGUCUUCGUCUCUGCCUUUGCGUGGUCGUGGGGGCCUCUGGGAUGGUUGAUUCCUAGCGAAACCUUCCCCCUCGAGACUCGAUCGGCUGGCCAAAGCAUCACAGUCUGCGUGAACUUGCUCUUCACGUUCGUCAUUGCACAAGCAUUCCUCUCGAUGCUCUGCCAUUUCAAGUACGGCAUUUUUGCAUUUUUCUGCAGUUGGGUUUUGGUUAUGUCAUUUUUCGUGUUGUUUUUACUUCCUGAAACAAAGAAUGUCCCAAUCGAAGAGAUGAUGGAUAGAGUGUGGAAGCAACACUGGUUGUGGAAGAGAUUUAUGGAUGACAACGAAGACAACAAGGACAGAGACAAUAGUAUUGAAGGCACAACAAUGGCUAAAGAUGAUGUGAAGAUAAAUGGCUUUGAUGCUUCUACUCAACUAUGAAGUGUGAAGUGAGGCAAAUAGGUUUGGAAAACUUAUAUCAUAUUAAACUACAAAUUAAGGUACAAGAUGCCACUAUUUGGUUCCCUGGUGUGAAUGGUAAUAAGAACUAUUCUAUUGUCAUGAUUUACUCUCAUAUAUGAUAUAUAUUGUCGAAGAUCUUCACACGAAAUCUCUAUUUCAUGUCAAAAUGUGCUCUAAAUAGAUUGUCAAAAUCUUGGAGUGACAAUAACUGAUAAUAGAGUGAUAAUAUAUAUAUAUAUAUAUAUAUAUAUAUAUAUCAUUUCUCAAUUGUAAUAUAUGAAUGUGGAUUGAUGUUUAUCCUAAUGAAAAUGUUAUUGGAAGAACUUUGAAUUGAGUGUUUGAUCACAAGACAUUGAAUAAAUAAAGUACCGUGCUAAACCAUUGUACUA